GAAAUUAGGUUGUGUGUGUAAAAAAACGUAAACAGUGUUGUUGGCUGAUCAAUUUUGAUAUAAUGCAGAAACGAUAUGGGCCUGCCGCAGGUGUUUGCGACUGUGCGUUGCGUUGUGGUGUAUGAUUCGCCAAUUUUCUUCCAUCCGGGAACGUGGGCUUACGAGGAACCGUUCAAGAAGAUCCCCCGAAAGCUGUACGGCGACGAGGCGAGCUGUACCAACACAACACGCUAGAAGCCCAGCCGGCACCGGGUGCCCCGAUUGCGCCGCCGGACGGUGUCGAGCGCGGUCGUUCACAACUUUCGGGGCAGGAAUUCAACCCUUCGGAUCAUUAUCUUCUGCCUCACAAUACCUGCAGCAGCAACAGGACCAAACCGACCGCACUACUGAUUGCGGUCAAAUUUCCUGGCAGGAAAAAAUCCCACAAGUGUAUCGAACAGGCUGCUGAUGAAUCUCGAAAAGGCGACAAACAUUCAUCCCCAGCGGCCUAAGAUGUUCUUAGUGUUCAGUGGUGUGCGCGACCGUCAAAGUGUUAACAUUAAAAAUUUUAAAUAACAAGAUAACACUAUUAUGGUGAUGUCGUGUAGAUGUGCGCAAGUGGGUUAAGAUAACACUUAAGUACGCUUUAAGGCAUAAAAAAAGCGAAAUGCGCGUGUGUGUGAAGGGGCGGGAUAACCGCUAACCAAACUAAGCGGCCGCGUGGGGCCCCGUGGUCUUAAGGGGCUUCAAAAAAUGGAACA